AUGGCAGAUAAACCAAUAUAUGUACGCUACAGUCACCCAGCAAUGGCGCAUCCAAGGCCUACGCGUAGACUCCCUACCGUAAUGUUCGAUUCUUUUGAAGCACAAGGAAAGCAAGGCUCACCCCUUGGCUUGUUCUUGCAGAGGCAGCAGCAGUUGCAGGAGGAAAUGAAUCGUGAGGGACCAUGGGGGCUUCGCCCCGCUUUCUUGCCAACGAGCUAUGCGAACAGCAACGCCCCUCCACCAACUGUCAAUCAGGAGAGUAUCGGAGGUUAUCUAAGAAAGAAGGCAAUGAUAGCAUAUGCGCAAGGUACCGCUCGCGCUCGUGGGCAAUCUUCAUAUUUUGCACAGCUGGCGUCGCUUGAAGCGGGGUUGAGUCGGCUGACGCUGGAGGAUAAGAGGAAUUGA